UUUUACGCACCAGCUAGCUAAUGGAAUAAUGUUCUGAGGAACAAAUUAGAUGGUUUAAGCUUCACGCUAACUACUAUAAAUACUGCGGUACAACGUUAGCAGCAUAAGUCACAAUUGUGUCGUACAAUUAGAACCACUGUAAUGAUGGCUGGGAAACUUUUUGUAUUGUGCUGCCUUCUGGUAGCGGUUUACGCCGACGAGAAGUACACAGACAAAUAUGAUAACAUCAACGUGCAAGAGAUCUUGGAUAACAAGAGGUUGCUGGUGGCUUACAGUAACUGCCUCUUGGACAAGGGCAAGUGCAGUCCUGAAGGAAAGGAAUUAAAAGAUCACAUGCAAGACGCUCUGGAGACGGGAUGCUCUAAAUGUACUGACACCCAGGAAAAAGGCAGCUACACCAUUAUCGAGCACUUGAUCAACAAGGAGAAGGAAAUCUGGAACGAGCUGACCGCCAAAUACGAUCCUGAGGGCAAAUACAAGAAGAAGUACGAGGAACGUGCCCACGCUAAAGGUCUCAAGCUCUAUGUAUACUCAUCCGUAAUGAUUAAUGAUUUGAACCAUUAUAAUAGUCAAUUAUCCCUGCAUUUUACUCCAAAGGAAUCAUUGUGUAAAAAAGUAACUAAGCCUGUAACCGUUUUCAAGCCUUAUAUUAAUUUUAAGAUGAAUUAUAUACUACUUAUACUAUUUGGUCUGACAGCAUUUGCAUAUGCUGAACAUUACACGGAUAGAUAUGACGACAUGGACGUUGAUGAAAUCCUACAAAAUAGAAGAUUAGUGACGUCAUACAUAAAAUGUUUAAUGAAUAAAGGGCGGUGCACUCCGGAAGGUAUCGAAAUAAAAGUUCACGUAAAAGAUGCCAUGCAAACGGGCUGUGAAAAGUGUACGGAAAAACAGAAGAAAGGCGCAAGAAAAGUGGUUAAAUUCAUUCGGGAAAAUGAAAAAGAUGCUUGGAAGGAUCUGCUGAAAAAAUACGACCCAAAGGACGAAUACAAAGAAAUUUACGAAGCAUUCCUUGCUAAAGAAGAUUGAGCUUUUCAUUAUUAUCAUGUUGAGAAAAAAUCUCCAUGACAUGGUUUAUCCUAAGCUUUGUACGUGAUUAUAAUGUAAUCCUGAUUAAAAAUAAUAGCAAUUGUACCAAAACUAUAAUUUAAUUUUAAACGUAGGAUUGAAUAAAUGCAGUUUUUAAUGGG